AUGCCAUUGAGUUCAGAUAUUAGGUCUGAGUGGGAAAAGGCUAUUGCAGCUUUCGAAGCCAAUCUCGAACAGGACAUCGCUCACCUCUUUCACCGUUUCGGGCGUUAUAACGACGUGGCUGCGUCUCUCAGGGCAAUAUGCGACCAACAAGUUCAAGCGAGUGCACAGUUGAGUGCAGGUCACGGGCAAUCUCUAUUCGAUGCCUUCCAUACUUGGGACCUAGGGAGCCUUGGAAUGCGACGAAGAGCAGAGGACUAUACGAGUAGCGAAAACCAAGGAGUUUUGCAGGAAUCAGAUCCCCACCUUCUUCUUAGGUCGAAGCCACUCGAUGGAGUCGGAGAUGACGACGAGCUCUCAGAAGCAGUCGUAGACAUGAUACGGUGGAUCGAAGAUGAAGUCCAACCUACGUCUCUUGGUAAUGAUGUUGAUCCGAAACAUCAAAACUCGAAGCAUCCUUGCCAAACGCAAGGGGAGGAAGUCAGCAACGAUGUUGAACCACAACUUGAGCAUAAAGGAAGGAAAAACCUGAACAGCGAUAUGUCCAGGGAAGAGCAUCGCGAGACUGCUAUGUACUGUGAUACUCCUCGCAAAGUCGCUAGAUCUGAGGGUUCUGCAGACCAAACCUCUGCCAUUGAGGUUCAAGGAAACAAAUUACAGUCAAAUGCGCAUCUAGCAAAAGAUGGCAGUCCUACUCGAGAGAGGUUGCGCACAUUGAGGAAGCGACAAAAGACCCGCAAAGCGUACAGUAGAUGA